CUGACAGUCCUUACCGAGGGAAUGUCGGACAACUGAGUGUUACUACUAUUUUCUUCCUGGUCCAUUUGUGCUCUCAAUAACCACACUGUUCUGCAGCGAGACUUCUGUGUUGUGCCACUAAAUGUGUGAAACAGCUGGUGGGACCAACUUGAUCUUUGUAUAUAAUGUCAGCUGUCACUAACACAUUUGAGAAUGUGAAAGCGGUUAUCUUAUCAGCUCAUAAGAGCUCCACAUCAAGAGAAAAGGUCAACUUCUACAACUCCUGGGCAGAGAACUAUGAUCAGGAUGUGGCUGUUCUGGACUACCGUGCACCAAGUCUGGCAGCAAACAGCAUCUCCUCCCAUUUCAACGGUGACCGUGAAGCAGCCGUUGUGCUGGACGUGGCCUGUGGUACAGGACUGGUGGCCAAACAGUUGAGGAAACACGGAUUUAAACAUUUUGUGGGUAUUGAUGGAAGCGAGGCUAUGUUGGACUUGGCCAGAGAGCGGUUGUACCAGGACCUGAAGCAGUCCCUGCUGGGAGAGGAGCCUGCUACCUGUCCAAUGUGUAAUUUAAUGGGUUUCUUUGAUGUGGUUGUUAUUGUUGGAGCGCUGAGUGUUGGUCAGGUCCCGGUUGAUGCAGUCAGAAACUUGUGCAAGUCCACCAAACCAGGUGGCUACGUUUGCAUGACAACCAGAAGUAACUGUGACAAUGUGGACUACAAAGUUUCCCUGGAGCGUGAGCUGAAGCAGAUGGAGGAAGAGGGAUUGUGGACUUGUGUAGACGUCACUGAGGUGGAAGACUGGGAGAGAGCGGUGUCAGAGCAAGAGGACGGCUACAUAUCUGGUGCCGUGUACCUCUAUAAGAAACUAUAAGUGUAGCAUGACCACGUAGAUGUGACUUUGUAGCUCAGCAAAUGCACAAAACAGCAUUAUUAAAGAAGAUACAAAAUAUUUAAAUAACUCAUAUUGGACUUCAAAAAGAAAGUGUCUAGAUUUUUUGAUACUUUCAGCCUCUUAAAGACCCAGAGUUGAAGAUGCGAAACUGCAUUUCUGGGAGUAAAUAUGAGGCUUGAAAUGUUCAUGACUAGAUGGUUCAGUUUCAUGUUUAACAGUAUCCACAUUACAUUGCACUUCAGAUGUCUACAGAUGUGCAGUAUCUUGUGGAUUAUGCAGUAAAGUCUUAAUAAUAAAUUAUUGCAAAC